CCACGAGCCACCACGCCCUGCGCUCUGGGACCUCUGUGCUCGCUGCCGCAGGCUUGUGGCCGGCUGCGGGAGCCUCGGAGGAGCCCCGGGCGCGGGGCGCAGGGCCCAGGCCGCAGCUGCGCGCCGCCCACCGCGCACCCUUCCGUGCGGGGCGCGCCGUCCCUGCCCCUCCGCGCCGCGUGCUGCACCUGGCGCCACCAAGCCCUUCCCGGGCCGCGUUUGCCGCCUCGGCGAGGGAGCGGACCCGGCCGGUGGAACGGUCCUCCAGCAGGCCUGGGGCGAUCGCGAUCGCCAGGCGGUGGCCUAGGGCCUAGGGCCUGAAAGGUAGAGGCACCCAAGGUUUUGUCAAGGAAAUCGCAGAGCGCCGUGGAUGGAGUCUGACUUCCAGAUCGCGAGGAAUGAAGGCAGCAGCAAAUGCAUUCGGUAUUCGUACUCGCAGAUCUGAGCAUUUUAAAGAAUGAAUGUAAAGAACCACAGAAAAACCAUCAGCAAAUGAUUUAAUCUUAUCUGAAACUCAACAGAAAUCGUAAGCAUCAUUUUUGAUAAGCACAUACUGCUGAGUGUUCAUUUGGUGAAACUGAAGGUCCUUCAGAAGAAAUAAAUUAAGAAGAACCUGCGCUCCAUCAGUCUUGUCAGCCGCUGUGGAUGGCCCUGGCUCUCUUGGCUGCCCUUCCAAGUAGGAUGUCACUGAGGUCCCUUAAAUGGAGCCUCUUGCUGCUGUCACUCCUCAGCUUCCUGGUGAUGUGGUACCUCAGCCUUCCUCACUACAAUGUGAUCGAGCGUGUGAACCUGAUGUACUUCUAUGAGUAUGAACCAGUUUACAGACAAGACUUCCGCUUCACACUUCGAGAGCAUUCAAACUGCUCUCAUCAAAACCCAUUUCUGGUCAUCCUUGUGACUUCGCACCCAUCCGACGUGAAAGCCAGACAGGCCAUUAGAGUUACGUGGGGAGAGAAAAAGUCUUGGUGGGGAUAUGAGGUUCUCACGUUUUUCUUAUUAGGCCAGCAGUCUGAAAGGGAAGACAAAAUGUUAACACUGUCCUUAGAGGAUGAACACCUUCUCUAUGGUGACAUAAUACGACAAGAUUUUUUAGACACAUAUAAUAACCUGACAUUAAAGACCAUUAUGGCAUUCAGGUGGGUAACUGAGUUUUGCCCCAAUGCCAAGUACAUCAUGAAGACAGACACUGAUGUUUUUAUCAAUACUGGUAAUUUAGUAAAGUAUCUUUUAAACUUAAACCACUCAGAGAAGUUUUUCACUGGUUAUCCUCUAAUUGAUAAUUACUCUUAUAGAGGAUUUUACCAAAAAACUCAUAUUUCAUACCAGGAGUAUCCUUUCAAGGUGUUCCCUCCCUAUUGCAGUGGGUUGGGCUAUAUUAUGUCCAGAGAUUUGGUGCCAAGAAUCUAUGAAAUGAUGGGCCAUGUAAAACCCAUCAAGUUUGAAGACGUUUAUGUUGGGAUCUGUUUGAAUCUGUUAAAAGUGGACAUUCACAUUCCAGAAGAUACAAACCUGUUCUUUUUGUAUAGAAUCCAUUUGGAUGUCUGUCAGCUCAGACGUGUGAUUGCAGCUCAUGGGUUUUCUUCUAAGGAAAUCAUCACAUUUUGGCAGGUCAUGCUAAGAAAUACCACAUGUCAUUAUUAACUUCACACUGUACCAACCGCCUAGUGCAGGGCAGCGCACUCUGUGGAGUGUUAGAGCUGGUGCUGUAGACAACUCCAGAAAGCUCAGUGUGCUGGCUCACGCUGAAGUGGCACUCAUGGAGACGGGAGGGCCACACUGUACUUGGGACACAUUUUGAUAAAAUUCAAGUCAGGUCUUUUAAUGGCAUUUGGAAGAAUGAAACAUUUAUAAAGGCAUCAGAGGUACUUGUUCAUAAAAUUAAUCAGACUGAACAAUUUGAACAUGUCAUUCUGUAGACUAGAAUUUCUUCAAAGGGUUUCUCUGAAUUAUAAGCUCAUUCAUGUAUAACAAAGCAUUGUGGAGUUCUAUUUAUUGAACAAUCCAAGAGUUUAGUGUGUAUCUUACGUGGAUUACCAGUUUUUUAAAAAAUAUGUAGUUCUUUGUAAAGCGACUUCACUGGUUAUACUGAACAAAAUUUCAUUGUUUUUAUCACUUGAUAGAUCUUCAUGAUCUGAUUGCAGAGUUAUCAACUAUUUAAUGUUAGUUCAGACUUUCUGGAUGUUUAAAUGUUAAGGUGGUUUCAAUACUGUAAAUGGAAUAGUGAAUCACCUUUUAUAUUUGAACUGUGUUCCAUUUCACUGAUCAUUUUAUUAU